AUGGAAAGUAAGCAGACUUUGUCGUGUAAGAUGGCGAUCAAUCCCAAGCUGAUUAGAUGUUGCUGGAAGACACAAAUACCACAGGGGAUUCUUACCAGACGAUGUAAAUAUGGAAACGUGUCGUUAGGAGCACAGCGAGAUAUUUGUACGAUUUCAAAGGAAAGAUGUGUGACAGGUAUGGCAUCCAAAGAGCAGAGACUUCUUAAAAAGAAGACAGCUUCCAAUAUUGUUCCUGUAAAAUGGUACUACGGGGCACCUAGGACACAGGAUGUUUUUACACAGAAAGAUGGAGAGAACAUCGUUACGAGUCCCUACGCUGACCUAGAGCUUCCGAACGUCACUUUUACUGAGUUUGUUUUCUCACAGUUAGAUGAUCACAAAAGUCCAGUGUCCUUGGUAGACUGCACAACAGGAAGAGAACAGUCUGCCGCCCAGUUAAAGGAUAUAACUGUGCGCGUGGCAAGUGGACUGACGAGAUUAGGGUACAAAAAAGGGGACAAAAUUCUUAUUUUUGCUAGAAACUGUAUGGAGUAUCCUGUCAUGUUCCUUGCCUGUGGUGCGACGGGAAUCAUACUAAGCACGGCCAACCCAAUCUACACACCGAGUGAACUUGCUCGUCAAUUAAAACAUUCUAGAAGUAUUGCUAUAGUAACCUUACCGACAAUGCUUGAGACGGUGCGGAAAGCCUUGGAGUCUGACCCUGAGGUCAAACAGAAUAUCAAGCAUGUGAUAUCUAUAGGGGAAGCAGAAGGAUGCGUCCCAUUUUCUCUUCUAACUGAGGAUGAUGGAAAGGCAUUUCCAGAAAAUGUUGACCUUAACCCAAUGACGGACGUCCUGACCUUACCAUAUUCUAGUGGAACUACGGGGCUCCCAAAAGGCGUAGAACUAACGCACCAUAAUUUAGUAGCAAAUCUUAUCCAAUGCAUCAGAGGGCCAAUGAAACUGGACCCAAGAACUGAAUGCCUUAUGGGUUUCCUACCUUUCUACCACAUCUACGGUAUGGUCCCUGUUCAGCUUGGUGCUAUAUGUUUGGGAACAAAACUAGUUGUCAUGCCAAAGUUUGAACAAGAGUCCUUCCUCAGAGCCAUUGAGGAACACAAGGUAUCAUAUAUGCACAUCGUGCCACCCACUGUAUUGUUCCUGGCGAAGAGCCCUCUGGUGGAGAAAUAUGAUGUAAGCAGUUUGAAGACGUUGGUGUGUGCCGCAGCGCCGCUUGGGAUAGGACUGACGGAGGAGACAAGAAACAAACUCAACGUGGAUAUCACACAAGCAUACGGUCUCACGGAGUGCAGUCCCCUGACCCACUACGACACUUACCCAGGGAAGGAGGGAACUAUUGGACAACUAGUGCCAAACACUGAGGGCAAGGUAGUGGACAUUGAGACUGGUCAGUCCUUGCUAGCGGAACAGACAGGUGAGAUUCUGGUCCGAGGUCGACAGGUGAUGAAAGGAUAUCUCAACAAUCAAAAGGCUACAGAUGAAAUGGUUGUGGAUGGCUGGUUACAUACAGGAGACAUCGGUCACUAUGACAACGAGGGAUAUUUUAUUGUGUCGGACAGAAUGAAAGAGUUAAUCAAGUACAAAGGCUAUCAGGUGGCGCCAGCUGAGCUUGAAGCCCUUAUAUGUACACACCCUAAGGUAGAGGACGUGGCAGUGAUCGGUGUAGAGACUGAUGAGGGACAGGGAGAGGUCCCUAGGGCAUUUGUCGUCCCUAAAACCAACUGUCAGCUCAAGGAGGACGAGGUUUCCCAAUUUGUACAAGAACAUUUAUCCCCCUACAAGUGGCUUAGAGGAGGAGUAGAAUUGACAGAUUCCAUACCCAAAACCGCCAGUGGAAAGAUUCUUAGACGACAACUAAAGAAAUAAUUUCCAUUCAGAAUACUACAUAUGUACUAGUCAUUUUCUUAUACGUUACUUCUUUUGCUGAAACGCAUCGCCUUUCCAGAGGACCAUAUCAAGAAACUUGAAAAAUAUAACUGAUUUUAAGGAUCGCACAUUUGACGUAGGAAUAUGUGAUUUGUUGGU